AUGUUUAGCUGGGCGGGAAAGUGGUGCGCGCGGCUUUGUCAUCCCCUCGCCAAGGAGUUUCAAUUGAAAAAAUUCAGUUUAGCGCAUGAGCCAGCGGAGGAUUUUGUUAGGUCGCAAUGGCAAAAGCACAGUCGGUCCACAUGUUGGCUCAUCUAUCGCUGGCUCUUGGCUGGCUACUUUAUCGCCGUCGUUUGCGAUGCAAUGAGCAAAUUCCUCUUUGAUGGUAAAGGAUUUAUUUAUCUCACAUCAUGGGGUUUCUUCCUCUGCAUGAUCAACAGCGUUUCUGGCGCCAUUUUAGUUAGUCUGUAUUACUGGCGUCCCGAUGAGUUUGCCAUCUAUGGUUUCAUAUUGAAACUCUAUUGGGCUGCUUACUGGACUGCCUUGGUAUUGGCCACUGUCAUCACUUUUGUCUAUUGGACAGUGCUCUAUCCAUAUGACUCUAGUGGCAUUGCGUUAAUCUAUAAUUUACUAGGACAUGCAAGCAAUUCGAUAUUCAUGACAAUCGAUUUUAUGUUGGUCGCAUUUCCUGCAAGGAUCCUACAUUUUAUUUAUCCCAUUGGACUGGGUGUGAUUUAUGUGAUUUUCUCUAUUGUCUACUACUUCGCUGGAGGCGUAGAUAUCCUAGGCAAUCCUUAUAUAUACACCAUAUUAGAUUGGACCCGACCCGGUUAUGCUUUAAUCUAUAUCAUUAUAUGUUUUAUAUUAUUAACAAUAAUGUCCUGUUUACUCUUUGGACUCUACAAAUUACGUUGUUUUAUUUAUAGGAAGAUUAAUCACUCUGUUUUAGUGGUUAAGGUAUAA